AUGGCUACUCUGUUCCCAACUCCAGCACCCACGCUUCCUGAAUUUCGCUCACUGUUGAUCGAAGGACCUUUCCACCCUUCCGCGCCGAUCCACCUGAUGCUCUCACAUGUCGCGCUUGAACCAUUCCGCAGAACUCUUAUGCUGAGUCCAUCCCGGAAAGACUUUGCAAGCGCACUUAUCAACUUUGACGACGAAUGGCUGAAGAUACAUGGUUCUGAAGGGCGAACGUGCGGAGCAUCGUCUCGGGUGGAUAUUCUCUAUCCUCCUACAAGAGCGCAUCUUGCUUUGAUACUGUCGAUGCUUCACGUCCACGACGGCUCCUUUUACCAUCCGAAAACUACUCUAUCUGUUGCUCCUUCUCUGUUAGUGCUUUAUGAGACCUCUACCCUCUGCGCCGACGAUUCAUCUGGUCCUACGUGCGUUAUAGUGUAG